AUGGCGGCUGCUACGAGUCUCCCCCUCCCGGCUGCCUUUCUGCCGUCUCUCAAGUUUGACCCUUCGAGUCCACCUGCCACCGCACCCACUGGCAGCGGCAACAACAACACAAUCGCACUUCCACCUCCCGCAGGCCCGAGCUCGAGCAAGCACAAAUCAAAUGCGAACGCACACGCAACCGCACACGGCACCGCAUCGCAGCAGGCGGCAGCGGCAGCUGCGGCUGCGAUGUCAUCGACGACGUUCGAGUUUACGCGGCGGAAGCGGUGGGCGGAUCUGCUGAUCCAGGAGGUGUCGGAGGCGAUUGUGCUCGUGCUGAGUGCGGAUUGUAGGAUCUGGUUUUGUAAUCGCGCGGUCAGCGAGCUGCUGGGGUGGAGGGAUACGGAGUUGAUUGAUUGUGAUUUUGUGGCUGGGCUUGUUGCUGCGGACGGUCAGACCCGGUUCCGCGACAUAUUUGAAGAGUCGAAGCGCACAGGCGAAGAGUUUAUGUGUUACUCGCGCCUCACGUUCAAGGGACAUCUGUCAUACCCACACCAACAUCGACACCAGUCCUCGAGCUCACACAACGCCUUCGCGACGAGCAGCAGUCUGAUGCCCCUGCCCGUGGCGACCUCGUCUGCGAUGGGCAGCUACGACGGAGGCGUGGGCGCGUCGGUCACCGUCGGAAUGGAAAUGCCAUCCCCGCCCCUGCCUGUGGGCACCGACGCGGCGCAGGAGCCUUUGUUUGAGAUCAAGGCUAGGCCACACUACAUUCUAGACGAGCGCGAGCCACGAUGCUUUUUCGCUGUUGCGAAGCCCUACCCGGGCGUGAGCACAUCUCAACUCAACAGUGUUUUGGACUACAAGAUUGGUGCUCAACACCUUGAGCAUCGGCUGGCGAGGCUCAAGGCGGCCCGGCCGCAUGUGCAGGCUGCGUCCACACUCUACUCGACCGCGGGGCCAUCGUCGCUGACAGGUCCGAGCGCGCUCUAUGAUGCGAUUAUGCCGCCGUCGGCGGCGGGAGCGGUCGACUCGUUUGCGAGCCAGUACCCGUUGUCGUCGUCGAGUGCUGCUGCUGCUGCUGCUGCUGUAGGAGGGGCGCCAGCGUCGACGUCAGUGGCAACUCAGCAGACAGCAGCUGAUGGGGCUGACUAUGGCGAUGAAGCGCGGCGGAAGAAGAUGAAAAAGACGCACGCGGCGGAGCAGUACGUGUGCAAGACGUGUGGGCGGACGGAUUCGCCCGAGUGGCGCAAGGGCCCGCAGGGGCCGAAGACGCUGUGCAAUGCGUGCGGUCUUCGGUGGGCGAAGAUGUUGCGCAUCCGCCAGGAGGAAGAGCAGGCUGCGUCGGAUGUGGCUGGAAGUGGCAACACUGGUGCUGGCUCUGGCGCGGGGGCGGGAUCCACGUCUGCCGGUGCCACGGGGACAGGCGGAUGAGAAAGUGCUUGGUGGUGCUUGGGAGCUGAGUGCGCUGGCCAUCAGAAAGACGCGAACGGUUUGAUGGGGCUGCUUGGCGGGACAAGUGACUUGGGCGCGCCGCGGGUGUGCUGGUGCUGCUGCGCCGCUCCGGCGGCCGCGAGUACGAGUACGA